ACUAGUGAGAUUCUAUUUACGCGUUGUAGCAUUUAUUUGUAUAUUUCCGUAAGGGGAUGCCUACUCAGUGAAAUUCGCAAUAACUUAAACGCAACAACAACAACAAAAAUGCAGUCCACUCUUACAUAUUUUAUUUUUGAAAACAUAAAACUAUACGAGAUUAAACGUUUCAUCGAUGAGAACAUUUGCAAAAUGUCGGCCAAAAUCCAUCUCGCUCCAUCUUCUCCCACUGCUGGCCACUUGGCUUCCUCUCCUCAACAUAUUUGGUAGUGAGUGGAAUCGCAAACCGGAUAGUUCACAUUUAUACAUCCGGUGAAAUAUCUGGAACAUCUUUCUUGCUGCGAUUGCCAUCUGUGUUCUCAUUGCAUCACGUGGCAAGAUGGCUGCCAUUUCAGAUGAACAUUUUUCUUCCUUGCAAAUUCUUUUAAAGGCUCCAUCGAAGGAUGCGGUGCGGCAGCUAUGUGCUGACAGUUUCCCUUCUGGAGCCCCUGAGUCAUGGCGACUCGCGGAAAGUACAGCAGGGACCCUGUCUGUAUCUGCCAUCGAGGCAAAGGAGCUUAUUGCAGCCCUGCACACCCUUUCUCACCACAUCCUGUUCCAUAACCUGACAGCGCCCGAGCAGAUCCUUGUACUAUUCCCCAAGUCAUUCCACCCCAGCCUUAAGAUCCUCAUUACCAAGAUUAUGCUUGAGCACAGCCCCACAUGGAGAAAUGAGGCUCUGUCUAAUCAAAUUUCGCUGCCCCAUCUAGUGGAGAUGGACUGGAGAGUCGACAUGAAGACUGCAUCUGACUCGGUCAGUCGCAUGGCUGUGCCCACCUGCCUGGUGCACAUGAAGGUGGAGGACUCCAGCUGUCUAAGGGGCAGUGGCGCUCUCUCAUCGGUCACGGUGGAGUUGAGCAAGGAAACUCUGGACACCAUGCUGGACGGCCUGGGCCGGAUCCGUGACCAAUUGUCAGUGGUGGCCGGAAAAUGAGACCCCUCACCAGAAUGGCCACACUGGAGGCCUUGGGUGCAUCAUUCUCGAUACUCUAAAGUGACUUUUACUCCUCAUCUCCUCUCAUUUAUCUGCACAAAUCUGAAAACAGAAAUCUAAAUCGACAUGUCUCAAAUGUAAACACUUGAUAAAGUGGCUCACACGACGUCAGUGACACUGCCAGGGUAUCAGCCACAAAAGUUGUCAGUGCCGUUUUAAGGAAGGUGGGAAAGAAGAGGUAGCAAUUUUAGACAUGGGCUAAAAGAAGAAGAGACUCAGUCCUCUAGUCCCGGGUGGAAGAAACAAACAAGUACACACAAUCCCAUCAUUAGCACUGAUCUGGUAGUGCCACUUCAUUCCUCCUUGUUCUGUCAGUAGAGUCUUUUGAAUUCAAUGUUUAUGUCAAUAAAUGAAGAGAUUAAU